AUGACUGUGAGCAAUGCCCUGAAGGAACUUACUAUGACGGAAGCAAAUGCUCUAGCUGUUCUACUAACUGUAAAGCCUGCGAUAAUUUUACUGGGAAAUGCAAUACUUGCGUUGGCGGAGAUAGAAUGGAAUUUCAUCCUACGGAUGACAAAGCUUGCAGAUGCAAAGGAACUCAAAUUCUUAGCGGGCUGACUUGCUCUUGCAGCUCAGGGUCUUAUUUUGAUAACCUCACUUGCUCUCCAUGCUCUGACUUAUGCAGUGUCUGCACAGAUUUGACAGGAGAGUGCACAAAAUGCAAAGAUUUAUCUUUAA